AUGCCCAACUCCAGCAACGGUGAUUACUCCUACAACAGCUCUGGGACCAACUCCCAGGGAAAUCAUUAUUGCUCCCGCGACUACGGUAAUGGCUCCAACUCCUACCAUCACUCCAACCAGGACGGGAGCUACUACUACAGAAACCCCAACGGCUCUACCUACCACAGCUCUAGUGGCGGCCAAUCCACCUACACCUCUCCCAACGGGAACACCUACUCCAAGAGUAAAUAA